GAUGAUGAUGAUGAUGAUGACGAUCAUGAUGAUGAUGAUGAUGAUGAUGAUGAUGAUGAUGAUGAUGAUGAUGCUGAGGAUGAUGAUGGUGAGGAUGAUGAUGAUGAUGGUGGUGUUGAUUAUAUUUAUGAUAAUACUGAGGUUGAUGAUGAUGAUGAUGAUGAUGAUGAUGAUGAUGAUGCUGAAAGUUCAUUUUGAUGGUAAUGUCAAACUUUCAGCAAAUGUUCACAUCCAACUGACUGCCUCAACACCAUUUGAAAACAAAUACUUAUCCUUAUAUUUCGGAUGUAACAGGGAAGUUUGGUUAAUUAUGCUGUAA